AUGAAUUGCGUGACAUUUUUCCUAUUAUUUCUUAUAACGAUUCUCAAGUUUGGAAAUUCGCAUGGUUUCUCGAAACGAAAAUCGAGUUUUCAAAAUCGAUAUUCGGAUUUUGUGCCGCCUGAUGUUCCGUGUGAAUUGCCUGCGGUCACUUAUCGAUUGCCAGAGGAAAUUCGAGAAAAGUUGGUUUUUUUUUAGAAAAAAUUUAAAAAAAAAAUAGCGUAAACACUGCAUUUUUUAAAGGAUCUUGGAUAUUUGGAAAGAUCACGAGCAAAAGAAAAAUUGUUGGAUAGAAAUGAUGAAAAGUCGACAUAUUUUAUUGUCAAUGUCAGCAAAACAACGAUCCGAAAUAUUAAAACCAACAAAAGAGUGUCAGGUAUGAAGCACAAACUUUUGAAAUUUUUUUUUUUAAUUAAAAAAAAAUAAAUUUCAGGUGCCAUCAGUGGUGAACGCUCUUCCAACCAUGGUCCGUCGUAAAAUAUCCGAUAUCUGGACGCGAAACACACUUCUCAAAUCACAAACCAAAAAAGAAUGCUGGGAACAGCAGCGAAAAACACGGCUACUUCUCCUGAAUCUCCCCGAACACCUCAAAAAUCGCUUCACACCUUCACCAUUCGAUUGUGCAUUGCCGCAUUUCUUCCCGAGGCUUGAGGCAGAAUUGCAGGAAAAAUUGAAGGAUAUUUGGAAAAGUUGGAAACAUGGUGAUCAGUGUUUGGAGCAGAUUGAUGAACAGAUCAAAAUUCUUGAAGCCAAUGAUAUUUCUUUGCAAAGUUUUCAGGUUGGUGUUUGAUUUUGAGCUUUUUUCUGGCAAGGGAAGGUGUUGAACUUUUUAUAAAACUUGGUAUUACCGAAAAUCUCAACCACGCGCUCUACCGAAAUAAACACGCAACGCAGACCGCGUCGCGCCACAACACACACAAAAAAGAGAGAGGGAAUUUGAAUCGUUACCUCAUUUGUGUGUGUUGUGGCGCAACGCGGUCUGCGUUGCGUGUUUAUUUCGGUGGAGCGCGUGGUACCGAUGAGAUUUUCGAUAAUAUAUGUACCCGCUGAUCUCGAAUAUCUUUUUCAAAAUUUCUACAAGUGUGCCCCAAAAACUUUUGUUCAAAGACGUAGGUCACCAGGUGGAGUCGAACCCUGGUUUUGAAAAUAGUAGGCAGCCGUGCAAACCACUCGGCCACCCUGCAGUUAUUUUUUAUUGUCAGAAGCCGUGCUCGGAAAUUUUUGAAAUUUCGAGAUCAGCGGGUUUUUGAAUCUAUAGGUGUACCAAGACUUGCAAAAAAAAAAAAUUUAAAAUUUUUCAGAUGCCUCCAGCAGCGUGGUUCAAAAAGCGAGAAAUUCUUCGAAAAUUGAAACGUCGUGAAAAUAUCGCUUAA